AUGGUCGCGGUCACCCUCUCAUCUUCCUCCCUCGCCAGCCGUGCCGCGCUCGCCCGGCCCAAGGCAUUGAAGCGCAACUCGCGCGUCGCGCUCCGCGUCCGCGCAAAGCUCGAGACCGAGGACGACACCGCCGAGAAGACCGACGCCCCAACCACGGAACCCGGUUUCCUCGAUGGAAUUAACAACGUCAUCAAGUCGAUCUGGCCGGGAUCCGACGUCGCCAACGCCUUCACCGCGCCCAAGGUGAACCCCGCGGCGAAACUCUUCGACGCUAACACGAUGUCCGAGGCGGAACGCAACGCGCUCAAGCGCCAGUACGCCCAGCCCACCUUCCUCGAGGGCCUCUUCCCCAAAAGGGAGCCCCACGACGGCCUCGAGGGCAUCGGAGGCAACGAGCUCGAGGACCCGAGCGACCCGGAAUCCGCGGCGGCCUCGACGCCUUUCCACAACUCCAGGUGGAACCUCAACCCUGCGGCCAAGUUGGGAGUCCCGUUUGGGGAAACCGAGAAGAACGCGCUCGAGAAGCAGUACGCCUCGAAGAAGAGCUUCCUGGACGACAUGUUUCCCAAGCGCGAGCCCCACGACCACGAGUGA